UGACCCUGGUUCAGACUCUGUGGCUAGAUUGUGUAUCAUGUCUGACAGGACUCAGAGCCAAACAGCUAGAAUGAGUGAACUAGAGGAAGGCACAAUAAAAGAAGUCUGGGAUGACAUCUAUUAAAAAAUGAAGGGCUACUACAAAACGGCAGUCACUUGUCCUCACAGCAGUGGAAUGCAAGCCUGUGAUAAGGUGUCAAUAGGUUCUGGAUUCAACAUAUAAAACCACCUACAGACUACUUUGAUUUUAAGUCUGUACAGCAAUUCUAGGUCUUCGAGAUGCUAUGUAAAAUCAGCAUCAAGAUAACAGGACUAAUGCUGCUGCCUUCUGUUUAUAGAGGAUUCUUUCAUCUUAUCACCUACAAAUAUUUUUGAGUACUGUUUGGGAUUUAAAAAAUACUUUAAACAAUCGUGUCACUGUAUAAACUCUUGAGUCUUUUUAAAAUAGUCUCUACAUCUGCAGAUUGCUUAUCAACCAGAUUUACUAAUGGAUAACUGGAUUACAUACUUUCUAGUUGCCUUGGGAUGUUUGUCUCAGGCUGCAGGGCUAAGUAGCCUUGUUGGCAUCCGUAACACUUGUGAAGGCAAAGCUUGUAACCCUCAAAUGGGGAAUCUGGCCAUAGGCCGAAGAAUAGUGACGAAUACAAUAUGUGGACAAAAUGCAACUGAACUUUAUUGCACCUAUACUGAAAACCCUGACUUGACCUGCAGAAAGCCAAAAUGUGAUAAAUGUAAUUCUGCACACCGUCACCAUGCCCAUUUACCCACAUCUAUGUCUGACUGGUCCUUUCAUUUUCCAAACACAUGGUGGCAGUCUGCUGAGGGUGUACAGUGGGAAACCAUUCAAAUGGAUUUGGAAACUGAGUUUUAUUUCACACACACAAUCAUGAUCUUUAAGUCUCCCAGGCCAGCAGCUAUGGUUCUGGAAAGAUCACAGGAUUAUGGGAAAACAUGGAAGACUUACAAAUACUUUUCUACUAACUGCAGCCAAAUGUUUGGAUUAGCAGAUGAUGUCAAUGAGAAAGGAGCAAUCUGCACAUCUAGAUAUUCACAAGCUUUUCCUUGCACACGUGGAGAGGUCAUAUACAGAGCCUUGUCUCCACCAUACUCAGCAGAGGACCACUACAGCAGAGAAGCUCAAGACCAGCUAAAAAUUACAAAUAUCCGAAUCCAGCUUCUUAAACGGCAACAGUGCCCAUGUCAGAAUAAGGACCCUGACCUGAAGUCUCAGAGGUUUGCACACUAUGCCAUCUAUGACUUUAUUGUGAAAGGUAGCUGUUUCUGCAAUGGGCAUGCUGAUCAGUGCAUACCCGCAGUGGGAUACAAGCCUGUGAAGUCUCACACUUUUCAUGUGGUUCAUGGGAAGUGCAUAUGCAAGCAUAACACAGCAGGAGACCAUUGUGAGCAAUGUGACCCACUUUACAAUGACCAGCCCUGGCAGCCUGCUAAUGGCAAAAGUGGUGCCCCAAAUGAGUGCAAAAAAUGUACUUGCAAUGGUCAUGCUGAUAGCUGUCAUUUUGACCGAGACAUUUGGCUAGCUUCAGGAAACCGCAGUGGUGGGGUAUGUGACAACUGUCAACACAACACUGAAGGACAGCAGUGCCACAGAUGUAAAAAUGGUUUCUAUCAUGAUCCACAAAAGCCAUUUUCUGCUCCAGAUGCCUGCAGAUCUUGUUCUUGUCACCCUGUUGGAUCAGUCAGCAUCUCUUCGAACAUCACGCCUCCCUGUGCAGCCAGUACUGGUGACUGUUUAUGUAAGCCUGGUGUCGCAGGUCCUAACUGUGAUCACUGCAUGGUAGGAUACUGGGGAUUUGGAGAGUAUGGCUGUAGACCAUGUGAUUGUGCUGUCAACUGUGACCCUUACACUGGUGACUGUCUCACAAAUAGUAGACCAGAUGUAGAAUUUCUGGACUUUCACUCUAUGCUUAAUAUGAAUGAAUCAGCUUGGAAAUGGGAAGAUUUACAAGGAUUCUCUGCGCUUCAGCACCCAGGAAAAUGCGAAUGCAAAGAACAGGUUCUGGACAGCUCCAGGAUGUUUUGCAGUAUGAAAUAUGCAUACGUUAUAAAAGCAAAGAUUCUUGCGGCUCAUGAUAAAGGUUCUCAUGCUGAAGUUAGUGUGCAGAUCAAGAAAGUAUUAAAAAUGACUAAGCUUAAAAUUUUCCAAGGAAAUCAAAGUCUUUACCCAGAAUCCUGGACUAGCAGAGGCUGUACAUGUCCAGUUCUCAACCCUGGUAAAGUUUAUGUUGUGGCAGGACACGAGGAUGUGAAACGUGGCAAACUGAUAGUAAACACAAAAAGUUUUGUCAAGCCUUGGACACCACACCUUACAAGAAAGGUCCUGCAUAUCUUAAAAAAUUAUUGCAAAUGAAUGCUAGAAGAAGAAUAAAAAGAAUCUGGAAAACUCAGGCAAUGCAACUGCCUCUUAGCUGAUUUACUGCCAACCCAAAAUAAUUGGAGCUUCAGCAAAAUAAUCCUAGAGGGGUGGUAGUAUAUUCAAAUAAAAAAGCAGCCUUUCGUCUUGGACAUUUGAUGGAAUAUUAUUCACAGGUACUGGUCAGAUAAAACACCACCGUAACUUUCAAACUUUGGCAAGCAAUUUCUUCAGAAUGGAGUAAGUCAGCAGUCAUGUUACAAAACCAACCAUGUUUAAUAAGCUGUAAACAUCUGCUUUUGUUGCAUAUAUAAAAUUCACAUCUGGGCUAUAUCACUGUACUCUACUAACAAUAUUAAGGACCAGAUUCUGUUUUUUUUUUAAUGAACUGAGUACCUUCAGUAAUAUUUCUUCUCAAAAAGAGAUGAUACAUUUUGAUACUUGAAGUUAAUAUUAAUUACAUUACCUAGUAUCGGCACAGGCAGUUUUACCUUAGCAGAAUUUCAGUUUCUAUUGACUGUGCUCAUCUUGCUUUUAAUCACAAAAAGACUUUAAAAAUACGAGAUACAUAUUUUAUUUAUUUAUUAUAGAUAUGGUUUAUUAAAAAUUGGCACAUGGCACCUAGAUGUGCCCUUGACAGGUUAUUAUUGUUCUAAUUCUUAUUUUAUGUUUCUUAUGUUUCUCAGCCAGUGAGAAUGAUGACUACUUUGUCUGAACAAAAAUAAUAUUUACACAAUUGCUGAUUUUUUUUUUACUUUAUUAAGCACUUUAGGACUUGGCAGUAAAAAAUACAAAUAUGUUCUAUUCUUUACUUUGCACAGCUCCAACGCAAGUCAGAAUUCUGUUACAUGUCUUAAUAUCAAUGACCACAUUAAAAAUUGUUUAAUGUUCUACCGAUGUUUAAUAUCAUGAAAUGUAUUCCUGCUUAUCAGCAAACUGUAAUUUACCAACCAUUCCUUAUUCAUUACUCACAAAUCAGUAAGAAUACAGAAAGAGUAUUAAUACCUACCUCAUACUACUUUGGUUUGUUAAAAGUGAGAGGUGGCUUAUUUCAAUUAAUUUUCCAAAAGGCUAAUGCAUAUUCUGCAUAACUAAUUGUUUCAGAAAUGAUCACAACUGUUCAAGAAUGUCCUAAUAAGGAUGUAUUUUAAAUAGCACUUAGCAAUAUACCAUGGAAUGUAAGAUAAUAUGGAAGAGUAGGGAAUACAUUUCAACAUUUUAUGACCAGAAGACGUGCUGUAAAAUGUUACUGAUUCAGCUUCUGUGACAGGAUAAUAUAAUACAAUAAGUGAGAAUAUAUGGGAUGUUGUAAAAUAUAACCUUAUAUACUGUUAUCAAAGCACUGACUUCAUGGAAGUGAUGUACAGCAACAAAAUGCCACGCAAGUCCUUCCCUUCUCUGUCUAGCUAUCUAUACACACACGCGCACACACAUAUACAUAUAUAUUCAGAAACAUCAAAAAAGACAAACCAGGCAUCAUCAAUGUCAUCUAAACAUUAUAACCAAUCACAGAUUUUAUAUUAAAGAAUUAUCACAUGAUCUAUUAAAAGCAUAUUUAUAACAUUAUUUCCUGCCCAUUCAUUUUAAUCAUGAGAGGCAAGUAUUAAAAAUGUUAUUAUAAUAUAAGUGACUUUUGGUGCACUUAUUCAAGACAUUAAAAAAUUCAAAAUGUUAAAUAAAUUAUGGAAGCAAAAUAGACCCUUCAAAAUAAUAAAACAUUUUUUUCUAAUUAAUAAUAGGUUGUCCAAAAUCAGUUUAUAGGAGUCACAUACCAUCUAGUGGAAAAAGGGUGAAAUAAAUAGUACAUAUAAACAGGACAGAGUUAAAAUAAAUUGCAAACGUUUCAUUCAGACCUGGAAAAUAACAAACACUUAAUAUAAUGAUCCAAAAUUUCCCUUUACUAUUCAAAGAAAUAUGCAUUUUUCUUUAGUAAUCUCCCAUUUGUUAAAUUAUGUAUGCCGAUAAAUGUGAACACAACAUCCAUAUGUUUCAAUAUAUGCUUAUAGAAAGGACUGCACUCCCUCUUACAGUGUCACUAAUGUGUAACGAAAUCCUCUGCUUCCAAAGUCUGUUAGUCUGACCUACAUAAAAUGCACUGCAUGAACAAAAUACCAUAAAAGUAAUCCACUCACUACAGCAUGUAACCACAUGCUCGAUUUUGAAAGUCCUCAUUGUAUUUGCUGACACAAAACGCUUUGUUUUACAUACACUCAUGCAGUGUGUACAAUUUAAAACAAGGGAAGUAGCCUUUAGACCCUCUGGAUCUAGGCUCAUAUGCUGUCAAUGAGUUUCCAAAACAAUUAAGAGAUUAUCCUAUUGUUCUGCCUGUGUAAAAAUUAAAUGUACAUACAUCAGAAAUGUAAUUCACAAAAGUUCAAUUUUAUUCUAUUUUAGUUCUUAUAACUAAGAACUUUACAAAAAGAUAACUAUGACAGUAUUACAGAAGAAUUAAUAAACAAUAUAGAAACAUAAACAGAUGGUAUACAUUUGUCACAAAUACUCUAAGUAAUAAUCAUGGCAAUUUUUAAACAGUGACACAGCGAUCAGAAAAAGUCCUUACAAAUAACAUCCAAGAUGACCUGCAAGUCCAAAAAUCCCCAAAAAUACUUAGCAUUCAGCAAAGUCCAAAACAGCCCUUCUGAUAAAAGCUUAAAAUCCAGUAAACAUGGCUGCACAGCAAACCCACUACCCAACCCAAGCUCUCCUCACACUCUCCAGGAGCCAUGUAGAUGCCAGCAUUCAACAAAGUACAGAAUUGACCUUCUAAGAAGUUAAAAACCCAGAGCUCAACAACACUUGACAGCAGGGCAACAUCGCCUCAUGACUGCAUGUUUCUCAUUGUCUUCCUGUAGCCAUAACGUACAGGUAAUACACUGAUUAUCCCAGCAUUUAAAACAGUCUGCUUCAGAAUUCUCAUUUAAUAACAGGCAGGAAAACUGAAGUCAGAACUUGCUAGUGCCAAUCGAACUAAAACAAUCCAAAGACAGCAGCAGCAGAGUCAACUUUGUGAAAGUGCCCUUGCAAAUAUAAAACUUAAAAUCAAGCAAAUGCAGUACCA